GAACCAUUUCAUUCGCCGAACACACUCGUACUUCAAAUCCUCCCUCCAAACACUUUCCACUUCCAACCACUCAUUCGAAUGCACCGUCGCUAAUCUCCGGCGACGCCUCAAGAUGAAUCUGGCCGCCGUCGAAGCUCCAUUACUAGUUCUUUUACUUCUUGCUGCAGCGCUGCGGUGGCCGCUCGCCGGAGCGCGGCUCCUAGUGGAGAUGACGGUGGUCCAAAACGCCUCUUCCAUCGGCGCCUUCUGUUUAGACGGAAGCUUGCCGGCGUAUCACCUGGACAGAGGAUUCGGCGCCGGCGCGGGAAACUGGCUUCUACAGUUCGAGGGUGGUGGGUGGUGCAACGAUGUAAAGUCUUGUUUGGAGAGAGCGAAUAGCCGAAGAGGAUCAACGCGUUUGAUGAACAAAUGGGAAGACUUCUCUGGCAUCCUCUCCAACAACGCCUCCCUUAACCCAGAUUUUUAUAAUUGGAACCGUGUGAAACUCAGGUACUGUGAUGGAGCCUCGUUUGGAGGAAAUGCCUUGUUUGACAAUGGGACAUCGCUGCUUUAUUUCAAAGGGCAAAAGAUAUGGGAAUCCAUCAUUCUCGAUCUUCUACCAAAAGGGUUGGGGACAGCAAGGAAGGCUCUGCUCUCUGGUUGCUCUGCUGGAGGUCUAGCAACUUUUCUGCAUUGUGAGAAUUUCUCCAAGUAUUUGCCAAGGAAUGCCAGUGUCAAAUGCUUGAGUGAUGCUGGAUUUUUUCUUGACUUAAGGGAUACAGGUUUAAAUCACACCAUGAGGAACUUCUAUAGGGAUCUUGUGGCUCUGCAGGGGAUGCAGCAAAAUCUGAAUGAAGACUGCACAGCCGCCUCUUACUUUCCAGAAUUGUGUAUAUUCCCUCAAUAUUCCUUGAAGUACAUAACAACACCAUUUUUCGUUCUGAAUUCAGCCUAUGAUGUUUUCCAAUUCCAUCACGGAUUGGUGCCACCAUCUGCUGAUUUACGUGGGCAUUGGAACCACUGCAAACUCAAUCCAGCAGAAUGUAGUGAACAACAGAUUCAGGUACUGCAAGGUCUAAGAAUCAGCAUGCUUUCUGCAUUAAGAUUAUUCUAUGAAUAUUCAAGCAGAGGAGGAAUGUUCAUAAAUUCAUGCUUUGCUCACUGCCAAAGUGAGUCACAAGACACAUGGUUUGGAGAGGACUCCCCAACAAUAGAUGACAAGACAAUAGCAGAAGCAGUUGGAGAUUGGUACUUUGGCAGGAGGAACACAAAGGAGAUUGACUGUGCUUAUCCAUGCGACUCAACUUGCCAUAAUAUUAUACCAUGAACAACUCUGCUAUUAUUUUUCUCAUUCGUAUUCAUUUUCAUAUA